AUGGCUUCCAGCCCUGCAUCUGCACGCUUUUCCACCCCUCCAAGACGACCUGCCACCCCACCGACUCCCGAAAACGGCAACGUCGACGGCGAUAGCAGAUUACCCCAUGUCGAUGUCGUUCCUACACAUCUUCCUCGAACCGCAUUUCCGUCCAUAAACAUCGCUGCCGACGAAGAACACCAGACCACUACUCAGGACGACGACGGCUACUGCGGCAACCAUAGCGACGUCCUCUCCCGCGUAACAUCCACAGCCAUCGCAUCCGGUCUUUUGACUCCCUCGCCCAAUCUGAAACCCGGCUUGCUUCGUCCGGACGCUGCAGCAAUGACCGAAGACGACCCUACCUCUGCUGGGGGCUCGACCGUUCCAAGCCCCUUCAACUUCCAGACGCAGGUCAUCUCGACCUCGCCUGUCAAGUCCAACAUCGGACAGCGCCGCGGCCAUCGAUACAAGCACAGUUCCAUUUCUACGCAGCACCAGAUUUUCCAAGAGCCUCCUCAACGACCGCCCCCCGUCCUACCCGCCUCCCUGCCGGUGCCGACAGCCAAGGAGGCAUGGAAGAGCAUGUCCAGCGACCAGCGCGCGAGGCUGUACUGGAGUCUGUGCCACUUGACUGUCGCUUCCUGGCUGUUCUUCAUUUCCGAAGGCUCCCUGGCUAUGAUGGCUCUGUCCCACUUGGUCUUUUUCGACGCCGGUAGUGCUGCUGUCUGCGUCGCGGUCGAAGUUCUUGGCAACUUUGAGGUAUGGCGCCGCAGCAGUAUCCGGCACCCCUUCGGUCUUGAACGAGCCGAGGUUCUCGCCGGCUUCGCCAUGUCCAUCUUCCUGCUGUUCGGCGGCUUCGAUCUUGUAUCGCACAACCUGAAGCACUGGCUGGAGACAAAGGGCGGACACGAGCCGCACCACGAACAUGUGCAUGAACGUGUGUCGGCCGGCGAGGUAGAUUGGGCUGCCUUCGCAGCAAUUGCCUCGACGGCCAUCUCCGCAUAUGGCUUGAAGAACCAUGCACGCAUUGCUAGGAUCAUGCGCGUGUCUUGGCUGGCUAGCCUUCCUACCCACUUCUCCAACAUCUUCCAUUUUCUUACUGUCUUCUUCUCUAGUCUGUUGCUCCUUCUGCCUCUGCUCUCGAUCAAGACAUACAUUUGGCUCGAUCGCACCCUGUGUGCGGCCAUUGCGGCUUCCAUGUUUCUAUUCGGCGCCAAGCUGGCCAUGGCCCAGGCCAUGAUGUUGUUGAUGUCUUACGGAGGCAACGGCGGUAAUGAAGGCGUGACAUCUGUGGUGCGGGAAAUCGAGGCAGAGCCUGGCGUUACGCGCAUCGAGGAUGCGCAGUUCUGGCAGGUGCACUACGGACUGUGCAUGGCCAAUCUCAAGAUCUGUGUCGCCAAGGGUUGUGAUGAAGGUACCAUCAGCAAGCUACGCAGUCGGAUAUCAACUUUGAUACAAAAUAGGCUUGGCGAGGGAUACGGCCGAGGCACCAGCUUGAGGUGGGAGGUGACUUUGCAGACGAGUAUCGAUGCAACCGCGUAG